AUGCAGCAAUUCUUACCAGAUGAGGGGAUUGGAAGGAGUUUGCCGGUCUAUAAAGAUUGCCUACGCGCUGCGGUUGGGGAAGACUAUUUCCAAGCUCUAUCAGAUUCCUUUGCAUUGGAUGAGCAUCCGGAUGUCGACGCCACUACCGCAUCUCUGACAUCAAAGUUUGCUGGCAGCCUUUCUGCAAAGAUCGGGGUAUUGCUCGACUACUCAAUAGUUUCAGCAGCGGAGGAUUAUUCGGAGACCUCACAUCAGAUUCCCGACCGAGAUAAUGAAAUCCCGUGGCAACUCAGAGGCUCGGGAUUUGAUCCAUCCGAUAUCCUUGUUUGGACGUAUAAUUUUAUGCCCUUUACGACCCUGGAAGAGAGCAGACCCAUGCGUCUGUCGCCUUACUCACCAGGCGACGGAUCGCAUCGUGCACUCGUGGAGGCGAGUCAUGUCAAAAUUGUCUUGUUGUGCGGCCCUCGAGCCGAGCAAGCGAUUCGCAGAGAAUUUCAGAACCUGAUAAAGUCAGAACUCCAGCUGCGAUAUAACUUUACCUUAUAUUUUGACAACAACUACCCAAGACUCUUCAUUCGGUGUCCAGAAUUGCCUUCACGCCCUUCUGCAGUACCAUAUCACCACAAUUCCAAGAUUGGAGAGGCACUGCGCUUUGCCGCAAAGAUGACAGGAGUGGAAAGUUCACGUACAGCAUUCCUUGAAACGAGUACCGUGAUACAAUACAUCCUGUGCCAAAUCAAGGCCGAGAGACUCGGUACAGCUACACCUAUGACUACCCAAACUAUCCCUGAAGGGGUAAAGUUUUGGCUUUUACACCGAGGUUUCAGAGGUCUCGAUGACAUCUCACAGCUUGAGAAGCUAUCUGGAACUCUCAGCCGCGGCCUGUUGGUGGUUUUACAUGGCCGAGCAAAGCUUGCAAGAGAGGGCAAGAUUCGACACAAUUCGUUUUGGCGUCGACUUCGUUUGAAACUAGGAAAGCAGGAAGUUCGCGUGCAUGAGCCUUUCGACCCCGAAAUGUAUCCCCUAGCUAGGGCGUUUUAUUCUAAGCUCGCCGCACUCAGUGACAAGGAAGUCUUGAAGAGUUGUACCUUAGAUGCCACCGAUACGGAGGUGAUUUCGAACGAUCAUCAUGGUGAAGAGAACGAUGAGGACGAGCCUACAGCCAUCAUAGAUUGUUCCUCGGAAUUGCAGAGUUCACUAUCUGAGGAACCGGAUAUGAAGGAUCUAGCAGCAACUGUUGACCCAGCCAUAAUCGCCAGCAUCACCAAUGGUGACAAUUAUCCGUUGGCUGACAUAUUCAAAGCCGAGAACCGAUGGAAUACUCUCUCAGGCCAGCAACGAUGCAGCGGUGUUUCAAAUUGGAAGAAGGAGGGGGAGCGCUACAAAGUCACCCCGUACAGGUACAUAUUGCCCGAGUCUACGCGAUACAAACAUCGUCGAAUCAGCGUUGGGAAUUGCCGAGUCCUGUUUGACAUUGAUCUCGAAGUCAAGGAUAGCGUGGUUGACGUCUGGAUCGAGAUCAGUCCCCCCAAUAACACACACCCAAAUCACUACGCGACAUACGCAUUACCUAAAGACCCUGCCACUCGUUUGGCCUUCUUGGUUGUCUAUAAAGAUGAUAAUACUUACCAAGAAGUCAAAGCUUACGCAUUUUUCCAUGGAUAUAGUGCUGUGUGUAGAGCGAAUACCUUAGUGGAUCGUAUUGACGAAGGCAAAGAGGAUGAGGAUAUCGUGCUGACUCCAAGACGAUACUUGGAUGUUUCCCAAGUAAAAGCAAUUAAGAACAGUGCCUUUGGUGGUAUUGUUGGAGGAGGAUUUACAGAUGAUCUGCUGGGACUGGAUCGCGAAGGUGAUGAUGGCGAUGAGGAAGAGGACGAGGAUGAAGGAUGA